AUAAAUGUCAGAAUAAAGCCCAGAUAUUUGUUAUUUUGCCCAUGUGAUUAGCGAAUAAAAAAUUUAUUCACAUUCACCGACACGUGUGUCAUUUACUCGUCUCUUUUUAACAAUUUAUAAAUUAUAAUUAAAUUUAAGUUUGAAGACAAAGUCGUUCAGAUUCAUUGAUCUUGUGAUUUAGUUUGUUAAAUAAUUAGUUUACGUUUCUAAACAAAAAAAAGUGAUAUUGCAUAUAAACAUCGAUUUCGCGCCGUAUAGUUGCAAUAUCACUGUGAUAAUAGUUUCAAAUCCGCACAUCAUUUAAAAUGACAAUGAUAAGAAAUGUGUUGUUUGGAGAGAGAAAGAGAGAGAGAAAGCUUAAACAGAUUUUGUCGUGUCACCGCAGAAGACACUGCAAAACAGUCGCAAUUGCUCUAAAGUGGGGGAAAUGUCAGUGUGUUAAACGUUACGAUAGUGGACAACCUUUUGUAUAUACAGUUAUUCAUUCUUUUCAAGGUCUCGUACGAAAAAGAAUACUCGCUCUGAUCGAACCAGUCCGGUGGCUUUGAGUUAUCUCAAAAUUCAGAGUCGUGCGAAUUCGCAACGAUCACGUGGGUGUCGCAAAAGAAAAAUGACCGCGACCGUGAAACUCCUAGAUGGCGGCUUCUCCGGACAGUUGUCGCGCCACGUGGGCGCGAAAAUUGCCGGCAAGGAUCAUCCGUUGUGGACCGCACGGUUCCUCGCGACUAACCCCGAAGCCGUGUAUGCUACGCACUUGGAUUUUCUGCGUGCCGGCGCCGACGUCAUCGAGACCGCCACUUAUCAGGCGUCUGUGCCCGGACUGACGAAGCAUUUGAACAUAAGCGAACGCGAGAGCCUGGACUUGCUCGCAAAGGCAGUGUCACUGGCCAGGAAGGCGGUGGACGUUUACAUUCAGGAAACAGGUUCCGAACAGCGUGCUGAAAAAGAAAGACCCAUGGUGGCGGGUUCCUGCGGACCCUACGGCGCCUACUUGCACGACAAGUCGGAGUACUCCGGGUUCUACGGGAAGACCGUGUCUCGGCAGGAGCUCGCCGACUGGCACAGACCGCGUGUUCAGGCACUAGUGAAUGCCGGCGUCGAUCUGCUGGCUCUGGAAACUAUACCCUGCGUCGAGGAAGCGGAAGCUCUGCUGGAGCUGCUGCGAGAGUUUCCGAGCACACACGCCUGGCUCUCGUUUUCCUGCCGAGACGGCGAACUCAUGGCUGACGGCAGUAAGUUUCAAGAAGUGGUCACUCGCUGUUACCGGGCUCUACCGUCGCAGAUCGUCGCGAUCGGGAUGAAUUGCGUCGAUCCGAAGUACGUGACGCCCUUGCUGAAGGGCAUCAACGAGAACGCUUCGGCGGAUUUCAUUCCUCUGGUGGUUUACCCGAACAGAGGCGGCAGCUACUCCGCGACCGGCGAGUGGAUCGACGUACCGGACGAUCAUCCUUUAAGUCUGCCCAUAUCGCAGUGGCUGGACAUGGGAGUCCGUUACAUCGGUGGUUGCUGCAAGAUCUUCGCGGAGGACAUAGCAGCGAUUCGCUCGGAAGUCGAACGGUGUCGCGCGAAAGCAAUGUAACACUCUCUCCCUUCACGAUUAAACUGAUGCAAUUCCAUUCGGAAAUCAUGAGAUGAAAUGAUGCAGCGAAACUUGUAUAUUUUUAUACACACGUAUUUUUACACGGAUAUCAAUGUAAGCCUCGCGAGCUACAUUAUUAGCUGUCGUGAUUAAAGAUAAGCAAUCUCUCUCACACACACCCACACAGAAGAGAUAAUCAGCAAGAAAUAGAUACAAAGAAUCUUAUGAGAGAUAUAAGAAUGCUUAUAUCUCUCAUGAGAUUCUUUAAGCACUCAAAGGCGCACGCGGCCGAAAGUGUGCAUUACAAACGCUUGUUAUUUAUGUGCCAUAGCAACUUAUCUGAACGUACGCGCACAUGAAUUUUACCAAAUGACUCAUGAGCCAUGAGAUGUAUUAUUAUUCAUGAGUUGAAUACGUGCGCACAUGAGUUUGUGCGUUUCCGAACCCUGUCAAUCUGUAAAUACAAAUGAUAAUUUUAUGUAUUAUAUAAAUAAAAGAACCGAUAGAGCACUUCAGUGCUCAUCAUGAACAUAAAUAACCGUCAAAAAGUUCCGUUGCAUUGCAUUUCUAAUUUCAAAGAAAAAAAAUGAAAGAGAGAGAGAGAGAGAGAGAAGCUAAAAAUGUUUACUCGAUUGUGUUUUCUUGUUUCAUCUU